AUGCCCAUGUUAAAAUCAGACGACGAGAUCAAGCGUGGCUGGGGCCCGCUGGAGAGAUCAUUUGAGAAAUGGUACGCCGACAACCAAGAGGCAAUCAGCGCUACAAGGAGAAGAGGGUCUUCAAUAGGCGACUUCGACAGACUAUGGUCUAGGUCGUAUCCGCGUAAACAUCACGCUGCCUUCGACAAGUGGUGCAAUGAAUGGCUGGGCCGACACUUGGAGAGAAGAUCACGCCCAGUGCGGCCUCAAGAGUUUAUCCAAACAGUCUUGAACACCAACUUCACGGACACGAAUUCGGCGAGCAAUCUUUUCUGGAAGAUGGAUGCGUACAACAUCUCGUUCAUUCCUCUUGGCCGAUCCAGUUUCGGCAAUGUCCCAACAUACUAUGCUUUCAGGCCUACGGGAAGGUUUCUUCAGCCAGACGUCGAAACCGAAGGGCCAGGUAUCGCUGGCAACCAGAUACUGGCCUUGAACUUGAUCGAUGCAAUGCCUGAAUCGGGUUCAGAGACUGGAGACACUUCCAACCCUCUCUUGUCCGAAUCAAGCACGCCUACAGCCGCUGUUGAAACUCUAACUGACAAAGCCCGUGGAGAGAUUGAUCCCAGCCACUUCGUCUUCGCUCAGCUUGGAGCGCUCUACGUCUUUGGAGAGAAGUGUGAAGAUGAUAAAGAAUACGAUCAAUCUGCCCUCAAUAAAGGUCGAUGGUGGUCAAACGGCUUUGCUGUUGUAGUUCGACUCAGCGAGAAAGGUGUUCCCGGAGCUGUCUACACCAUUUACAACCACGGCAAGCAAAUUGAGUCUAUAGAGGAUGAUGAAGAAGAUGAUUACGAUGGAUCUCCAGAGGCUGUGGGCCAUAUACCUGGAUACCUUCAUCCGCGUUGCACUGAGGGGUUCAAGUUUGCUAAGGUUGCCGACAAUGUCGAAGUGUUGGGGGAUUUCGCAAAGCGUUUCACCUUCAUACCCAUCACCCAGAAUGAGAACCAGAUAGUUCGCGCAAGAGUCUGGCAAUCCGAAGUCAAUUAUGAGGUGAAGGAGGGAGGGAAAGUCUGGGACUGUUACGUUGCACCUGUGAAUGGAUCUUGGAAAGAGCCUACCAAGCCAAAGAAAUAA